AUGUCGCAAUCAAUGAACAACAGUGGCCCUAUUAAAGUGGCAGAAAGAGUUGCACACUUCAAACAAGACGUAUGGUCCAUUUUUACACCAUUGGCUGCUCAACUCAAAGCUGUGAAUUUAGGGCAAGGUUUUAUGAAUUUUCCGCCUCCAGAUUUCGUUAGAAAAGCUGCAAUAACUGCUAUUAACACUGAUGAUUGCAAUCAAUAUAG